UUGCACUCUAAGUACAAUCACCAUGUUUCACUAUAUUACAAUAUUUGUUGCCAUUUUUUUCAUCAUAUUCUACAAUAUAUGGAAACACACCAAAAAUGCACUUUUACCAAAUUGGCCAAUAAUUGGCAUGCUACCAUCAAUUUUGCAUAAUCAAUCCAAUAUUCAUGAUUAUGUAGCCUGGAUUUUGAAACAUCAUGGAGGAACUUUUCAGUUUAAAGGACCUUGGUUCACAAACAUUGCCAACUUUAUCCUCACUAGUGAUCCCAUGAAUGUGCACCACAUCACUAGCAAGAAUUUCACAAACUAUGGAAAAGGGUCUGAUUUCCAUGAGAUUUUUGAACUUCUUGGUCUUGGUAUUUUCAAUUUGGAUUCCGAUGAAUGGAAGCACGAAAGGACACUACUUCAUUCAUUGCUCAAAAAUAAAAACUUUGAGAUAUUCCUCCAACAAAUCAUUCAAAAUAAGCUAGAGAAUUGCUUAUUACCAUUUCUUGAUCAAGCAUCUAAAGGAGUACAAGUACUUGACUUGCAAGAUAUUCUUGAAAGGUUCACCUUUGAUACUGCUUGCACUUCUUUAUUUGGAUUUGAUCCUAAUUGCCUUCCUUACAACUUUAACGAGUUAUCAGAAAUUGCUUAUGUAAAAGCUAUUUCUGUGCUUGAGGAUAUGAUAUUGUUCAGGCACUAUAUUCCAAAAUGCAUUUGGAAGCUACAAAAAUGGUUAAACAUUGGUCAAGAGAAGAAGGGCAAGGUAGCUCAAGAAACUCUUCACCAAUUUUUAUACAAAUGUAUAAAUUAUUACAAAGGCAAUGAAGAUGUGGAUGAAAGCCAUUCUUGCUUGUUAAAGGAACUAAUGAAGGAAGGACUGGAAAAGGGGGAAAAGUUUGACAGGUAUAUUCGAGACACCGCAGUCAAUCUUUUAAUUGCAGGAAAUGGAACAAUUAGUUCUGGUCUCAGUUGGUUUUUUUGGCUUGUUUCAAUUCAUCCUAUUGUAGAAGCUAAAAUUAUUCAAGAGAUUAGAGAUAAUUGUUUAACACAAGGGGAGAACUUAAUCACUAAUUUCAGUGUAGAAGUUCUUGAUAAGCUAGUUUACCUUCAUGGAGCUAUAAGUGAAGCCUUAAGGCUUUUUCCUCCACUAGCAUUUCAACACAAAUGUGCAAUCAAAUCUGAUAAACUACCUAGUGGAGACCAUGUUAAGCCAAAUACAAAGUUAAUAUACUCUUUGUAUGCAAUGGGAAGGACGGAACAAAUAUGGGGAGAAGAUUGUCUGGAAUUUAAACCGGAGAGAUGGAUAUCAGAUAGAGGACAAAUUAAACAUGUUCCAUCUUACAAGUUCAUUGCAUUCAAUGCUGGUCCAAGAAGUUGUCUUGGGAAAGAUAUUAGCUUUGUUGAAAUGAAAAUGGUUGUAAUUUCUAUUUUAUGGAAGUUCCGCAUACAUGUUGUGGAAGGUCACUCUAUAGCUCCAAAAGUUUCUAUUGCUCUUCGCAUGAAAGAUGGCUUGAAGAUCAAAGUAAAUAAAAGAUAUGAUUGA